CGGAGCCACGCCCUCGUCAUCGCAGAGCUCCCCUUGGCCGUCGUGUUAUUGGGUCGCUCGCUUCCAUCUCCUAACGCGGCCCGCAACAAGUCGUUCCCAGGAUCAAUUGCAAUGUCCAGCAGAGCUAGGCGGAGCAGAGGAUGUGCAUCCUGCAGGAAACGCAAAGUAAAGUGCGAUGAGUCGAAGCCUGGGUGUACUCGGUGCGCGAAAUCUGGGUGGGUUUGCCCUGGCUACGAGCCCGAAUCUGAGCUGGUGUUUCGCAACCAAACAGAUGCCGUGGUCAAGAAACUUAGCCGUAGUCUUUCUCCUUCAAUUGUCGACCGCGCAACUACCUUUUUCAUCCAUCAUUACGUAUUUAAAACGGACUCCCCAACGCCCCAAGGAAACUAUGAUUAUCUGCCCUCGCUUCUGCAAGGGGCAAGCUCUAAUAGCCCCCUCGUUACUGUUAUCGCCGCCGCAGGCCUGGCAGGGCUCGCAAAUGCAGGCAAUUCGAGUGCAUGGCGGGCAGACGCGUACACAUUACACGGUCAGGCGAUACGGCGACUGAAAGAAACUCUGGAAACCCCAAGCCUCGUCAACUCUGAUCAGACCCUUGCCGCCAUAAUGCUCAUGGGGACUUUUGAGCAAAUCGUUGCGGCGGAUGUAAACUCGAUGAACAAUUUUGCGCAGCAUAUAAUGGCUGCGUCAAGAUGCGUGGAGCUCCGUGGGCCAAAUCAAUUUCAAACUGAAGUAUCGAGGAAGCUCAUGGCCGAUAUGCGUCGGUUGAUUAUUAUGACAUGCCACCGGUUCCAAGAGCCUAUUCCAUAUGCACUCAAGAGAUGGGCUUCAUGGACCGACCCUGGCCAGCCCCAGAAUCAGUCUCCCGGAAAUCGCUUCACGGAGAUUAGCGAGCAGCUAGCCGCAGUCAGGGCUCAGAUAAAACGAGAUACAAUAUGCAGUCCUGCUGUCGUUGCGAGCAUGCUCCUCCCCGUUGACGAGAAGCUUGACCAUUGGAGACGUGCACUCCCACCAUCCUGGCAAUAUCAAUCAUACCAAGCCAUCGACACUACCUCACCGUCACUGACCACUUGUGACACACACUACGAUGUCUACCAGAAUCUCUGGGUUGCCUCUAUGUGGAAUAACUAUCGGUCCACUCGACUGCUCAUACAUGAACAUAUCAUGUCGACAGCGCUGAAGUUCGGGACGAUUAACGAUAAACAUAUCGUGCAAGCUGCAGCAAAGGUACUAAAAUCCACCGCCGAUGACGUGUGCCGCAGCGUUCCUUUUCACUUAGGGCUUCAUCGACACAGAACCAGUCCCAAUGCGCAAGAAAGCGAUGCGAUUCCAGGAUGUUAUCUGAUUAUCUGGCCGCUCUUCAUCUCUGGUAUGCGACGAACGACUCCGUGGCCCCAGAAACAAUGGAUUGCGGAGAAACUACGGUACAUCGGGAUCCGAAUGGGAUUGCGAAUAGCACUGUCGAUGUCUGAGCAGCUUCUGGAGAACUCCAAGCCGUUUUCAGGGACUGACGUUUGGAUCAUGGGGGAGUGGUCUCGAAGUAGUACAAACAGAAUUUCGUAAGACGCGUUUCGGAUCUGGAAUUUUCGAUUAGAUUCCGUCCAUCUCUGGGUUUCUGCAAGUUAGUCCGCUUGUAUAUUUCGACAUCAGUAGUGAAAUACUGGCGAG